AUGUUGCGCGCAGCCGCUUCCCGCCUCCUCGUGCCCCUCCGGAGGCCCUCCCUGUCUCCGGCACCCUCCACGGCGGCCUGCACUCUGCGGCACCUCCGCCUCUUCUCCCCGCCGCCGCAGCCGCGUCGGGGUCCGGAUGCGGAGGUGACGCCGGCGGAGGCGCGGCGUCUGGUGCGGCUCGUGGGCGUGGAGGCGCUCAAGAGGCGGCUGCGGGAGGAAGGGCGGGGCGAGGUGGUCGGCUACGGGGAGCUCCUCGACGCCUGCGUGGAGGCCGGUGCGGCCCGCACGCGCGGCGAGGCGGAGGUGUUGGCCCGAGCCAUGGACGACUCCGGCGUCGUGCUUCUCUUCCGGGACAAGGCGUACCUCCACCCCGAGAAGGUUGUGGACCUGGUCAGAAGGGCGGUGCCGCUUGCACUCGCACCAGACAACGACACGAGACAGGCAGAGUUUAAGCAGCUCCAGGAAAAGAAGGAAGAGAUCGACAAGCUGGCACACAAGCAAGUCCGGCGAGUCCUGUGGACUGGCUUAGGGUUCUUCAUGCUCCAGGUUGGGAUCUUCUUCCGUCUCACGUUCUGGGAGUUCUCAUGGGACGUGAUGGAGCCGAUUGCCUUCUUCACGACCACCUCGGGGCUGCUGGUUGGCUAUGCCUACUUCGUCAUCACCUCAAGGGACCCGACGUAUCAAGACUUCAUGGAGAGGAUGUUUGAGUCGAGGAGGAGAAAGCUUUGCGUGAAGCAUGGUUUCAACAUGGAGAAGUACCUGGAGCUGCAGAAACAUUGCAAGUGCCCUCUGGAAGGCCAUCAUUCUCAGGGGCAUGACUCGCAACACCUGAGCUAA